AUGCAUUUCACGGUGAUAGUACCGUUGGUACUGUCCAUAGUGGCAUUUGUUCUCUCCUUCCUCGCCCUAUUUGCCGGGCACAAGGAGGGAUUCAUGGAAGACUACGACGUCGUCCGUCUCAACACAUCGACCCUGGGCCACAAUCUUAUUCCCUCUGCAACCAAGGAGGCCGACCCUGCUUCGACGACCGGCAGCUUCCUCGACAAGUUCAUCGAUGGAGUAGGCGAUCGCGUUUCCGACAUCCUCAACGACAUUGGCAACGAUGUUGCAGACCGCCUCGCGGACGAGUUGGGAAUUUCCGAGUGGUACUCCCUGCACCUAAUGGACGUGUGCCACGGCCAAUUUUCGCCCAAUGUCACGGCGCCCAACGUCUGGCUCAACGUCACAAACUGCACCCAGCCGUCUCCUGGCCCGAACGUUAACCUCACCAAGAUGCUGGACCAAGAACUCGAAAUUGGCCCUCUGAGCCUGAGCCUGUCUGAUCUCAACUGGCCCGACACUAUCGAGGACGCCAUGGAUAAGGUCAAUAAGGCCCUUCUCGCCAUAUUUGUCCUCUACGUCCUGGGUAUCGGCUUCUCGGGUCUCGCCAUCCUCGGGUCCCUGGCUGCCUUCUUCCUCGGCUUCAAGAAGCGUAUGACAAUCACCAAUUUCGCUUUUGCGUUCCUGGCAGUUCUCGUGCUCUUUGCCGGCAGUCUGGUCACGACCAUUGGCGCGAAAGAGGGUGCGAAACAAAUCACGGACAUUGGCGAGGACGUUGGCAUCUCGGCCAAUGUUGGGCAAAAGUUCAUGAUCAUUUCCUGGGUGGCCUUCGCCGUCAUGUUUGCGGCGUCUGUCUACUGGGUUACGCAAUUCUGCGCCGAGAGGCGGUCGCGCAGGACGCGUGGCUAUACCGAGAAGCGUCAUAAGAAGGGCGGCUUCUAG